GGGAAGGUUCCUAAACUAAAUGGACUAUUCGACUUCAGCCUGGAGCUUUCUUAAGCACCGCCCAGUUCCGCUGCCCGCAGUGCUGAACCUAUCGCACCCGGCAGAUUUGAACACGCUGCUGAUCGAGAAGACACGGGGCGGAGCUACACCCUGAACCCGGACUGCAGGGGGAAAUAAAGAAGGGGGCAAAGCGAUCGGACUGAAAGCUUAAUCACAGUGGACGAGUUUGAUGUUUUCUACGUUAAACAGUUCCAUUUAAAGAAGUAAAAUGAGACUCAGGUCUCAAACAACCACUACGACAUCCUGCUUGGAGCUGCCGAGAAGCACCCGCCGACGGUCCAACAAAGCGAGACAAACCAGUUUAUCAUGGACCGAAAGCCCUCUGCAAACCAAGGAUACAGAGACCUCGGAUAAUGACUCCCAAUACUCAUAUGACCAAAUCCCACCAAUCACAAGGCGACCGCUGCUUCGUGGUCGGCUGAGGAAGAGAGCUAUCGCGGUCGAUGAUGGAGAAUCUGAUUUGGCCUUCAAGACUCCCAUCAGGCCCAUCAUGCAACGUGAGCGCAUUCUGUCAGAGAUCGACCCAUUGUCGCCUCGCAACACAACGUCCAGAAACAUAUACUCGCCCAUUGUGCGUUUCCUCACACCCACUAAAGAGAACGUGAAACGUGACGGUUCUGGGGACGUGCUGAUGAGCCCAGAACAAGGUGUGUUUGGAUUUGGCUCAAUUGACCUCUUGUCUGGAGAAGAGGAUGAGGAAAUCUUCAGUCCCUCCACAUUCGUCAAAAACAUACCAUCACAGUCGCAACAUUCCCGUCCACAAAUCACAGAUAUUCCCCCCAAGACCAGGAGCACCCCCGAGGCCACGCUGGUGGUCGACCUGGAGGAGACCCUGAUGUUCAGCUCUCUGAAUGUGAUCGAGGAAGCAGAGUUCACCUUCAACACCGCUUUCCAGGACCAUCAGUACAAGGUCUACAUGAUCCUACGACCACAUGUCAAAGAGUUUCUGCAGGCCAUGGCCAAAAACUAUGAGAUGUUUGUUUACACAUGUGCAAAGAAGGAAUACGCAGAGAAGAUACUGGACAUCCUGGACCCGCAGAGAAAACUGUUUCGACAUCGCCUGUAUCAGGACGACUGUGCCUGCGUCCUCGGACACUACAUCAAAGAUCUCGGCGUUCUCGGGAGGGAUCUCGCCAAGACGGUUGUUCUGGACAACGCCCCCCACACAUACCCGUACCAUCUGAUGAACACGAUACCCAUCAAGAGCUGGUCCGGGGAGUCAGAGGACCGAGACCUGCAGAAGCUCGUCCCCUACAUGGAGAAAAUGUCUGCAGCGGAGGAUUUUCGGGAGGUGCUGAAGAAGAGGAAGGAUCACUUCCACCGGCUGCUGUCGGAGGACUAACAAGACUUCCCCCCCCCCCCUCCCUCACUGAACCACUUGAUGUGACUUUCACAGCUUGUGUUUUCUUUCUUAUGCUUUGGCUAAACGCAGUUGGAACUAGCUAACCUUUUGUGGCGGACCUAAUGUCUUUAAAAGACGACGGAUCAGUAUUUCAAACAUGCUGCUGGUUGUUCAUCACCAAAACUUUGUGUCUCCAUGACUCAGUCCACAGGUCAAUAAACUGCUGCCCAGUGUUUGUGUAUAUUUAAAAAAAAAACUUGAAAUAUGAUUUUUGUAGUUGUGAUUUUCUUAUUUAUUAAUGAUAUAUCUAAUCAACUGCUGUUAUCUCUGUGUUAGAUAUGCUUUUGUAUGCAAUGAAAUCACCCUGAUUAUAAAUGGAAAUAAAGUUGUCCUGUCACUCACA